AUGACAAAGUGUCUCUUACAUCACUCCGAAUGGGGAAUCUACAACGCUUGUUCGCAAUUCUCCUUGCCAUCAUCAUAUUUGGCUUGGAAACCAGUAUGUUUUGUCGAUGUAGUGGCAAUGGCAAAACUGUUAAAGCAUUAUGACGGAGAUGAAAUGGACUCCAUUAGAGAGAGUCAAAGUAGAUGGAUACUCGGUCCUCGAGAACCUUGCAAUCAACAUUUCAUUGUUAUUGUCCACAUGAAGUAA